UUGACGCGCACCGACCACGGAGUCAGACGUUUGGUGUGUGUGUGUCCCACGUCAAAAAAAUUGAGACGGGUCUUAAUGUUCUUUUUUGUUCAGUAGUGGUUUUGGUCCUGGAACUCUUUGUCGCGGUGUCGUUUUUAUGGUGGAGUCAUGAACACUGACUUUAACUGAGUCACGGACACUGACCUUAACUGAGCCUUAGCGUCAGUGGAUGAUUGGCUGAGCCCAAAGUCAACCAUGUCCCAGAAUGUUUGGCAACACGGCCUCGCCGUCCUUGUUCUGUUUGGCGCCGCCUACCUGCUGUUCAACAUCAGCAUUUUGGAGAACUGGAACUGUCACUGCUACACAGUCAGAGUCCCAGCCCAACUCCAGAGCCACAUCCACUCAACUUUUUCUGGACCCGUCCCGACGGUCCACACCAAUCGUACCUUCUGUACACAUCUGGACCAGAAGGUCUUGACAGAAGAAGAGCAAGAGGAGCGCCAGUUGUUGAAUUCUAUCGCCUGGCCGGGUCCGCCGUCUGCUGUCGGCUUGCUCAAUACGAGUGACCCGGUCCACAGCCGCUUCUCUGUCCUUCCCCCCAAUAAUGGGGGACACUGGUACGUGGGCGACCACCUCAAAGUCAUCAUCCACAUGUACGACUCCAAGGGCCGACCCAAGCGUUACGGUGGCGAUUUUCUUCUGGCUCGACUGCAUUCUCCUAAAUCUGGAGCCGGCGUAACCGGGACGGUGUUAGACCACAAUAACGGACUCUACUCCGCCCGAUUCCCACUUCUAUGGGAAGGUUCGGCUCAGGUCGCGGUCACCAUGGUGCACUCGAGCGAAGCUGUUGCCGUGCUGCAUUGGUUGAGGAACGAGCGUUCCGAUCGCGUGUUCUUCAAAAGCCUCUACAAGUUGGGAUUCCGAUCCGAGACCACAAUAUGUAACAUGUAUCUGCCGACUGACCGGGGACCGUUGUGCGACUACACGGACCGACUCACCGGGGAGCCGUGGUACUGCUACAAGCCGAAGACGCUCAACUGCAGCGCCAGAAUCAACCACGUCAUGGGAGGCUACGUCCAAAACAUCAUCACAAAUAAGGAAGCAUGGCUCUUUCGAAGUGGCGUCAAUGUCAAAGUCCCCAUCCGGGCUUCUGGAAAUGACACAAUCCGUGUGCUGCCUUCAAGACCAGAGUCCAAGAAACUGAAACCAGAUACUGUCAACCAAACAACAUCCGGGUACUACUACAACGACUUGUGGAGACCCUUAGGAACCGUCGCGAUACGCCGGUUCAACUCCUCUGCCAUCACUCGAUGUUUGGCCAAUAAGGAGGUCCACAUGUACGGCGACUCCACUGUGCGGCAAUGGUUUGAAUUCCUCGGGAAAGUUCUGCCAGACUUGAAGGAAUUCAACUUCGUACCAAAAAGUUGUAGAAGUCAAGGACCUUUCCUGGCUGUGGACGGCAAACACAAUAUUCUGGUGACGUACCGCUGCCACGGACCACCCAUCCGCAUCCGCAAAGUCACGGCCAGCGAGAUGCGCUACAUCGCUAAUGAGCUGGAUAGCCUUAGCGGGGGUCCCAACACGGUGGUGGCCAUCAGCAUCUGGGCUCACUUCAGCACGUUCCCCGUGGAGGCCUACAUACGCCGCUUGCAGAACAUCCGCAAAGCCGUUGUGCGACUUAAGAACCGGGCGCCGGGGACGCUAAUCGUGAUCCGUUCCGCUAACCCCCAGGAAAUGAAAAACAAGGUGAGCCUGUACAACAGCGACUGGUUCUCGCAGCAAAUGGACGCCGUGCUCCGAGCCGUGUUUAAAGGUUUAGAUAUCCUGCUGGUGGACGCCUGGCAGAUGACUGCGGCGCACCGUUUCCCGCAUAACAUCCACCCGCCGCCGGCCAUCAUCAAGAACACAGUAGAUCUCAUAUUGUCGUAUGUUUGUCCUUCUGACGUAUAGUUUUGUUUAUGUUCAUACAAUAACAAUGUACUAAUAUGAAUCAUUUGUUUUCUUAUGUGGUUGUUUUCUUUGGGAAAUGGCCCUCAGUCUGCAUUUUGGACACCAACUGUUGUAAACCAAUCAGUCUCCUCAAUUUUAGCUGCUGUUUGACACACGUAGCUUCUCUUGUUGAUAUAAAAGACUUGUAAGUACAUGUUUCUCCACCAGAUGGCAGUAUUUCACUACAAUGCAUCAUCACUGCAUUGAGUGGCGCUUUUUUAUAAGAAGUGGAUCUAAAAAAAUGUUGCUGUUAUUUCUUACAGUAAAAAUUAAUUUCAAAUGUAAGCAUUGGACACUACAUAGAGUUACGCUAACGUUCAGCUUGAAUUUAAAUGCAGCUUUUAAUUACAAAACACAUUUGACACAUACGAGUGUGUGUGGGAAUACAGUAUAUAUAAUACAAUAUAUAUUUGAUUAGUGGUGGGAGUAUCAUAAU